CUUCGCUUCUGCACAGUCACUCCUGGCAUUUGGGCGGCACUCUGCACUUCCGUUGGAGAUUCUUUAACCAUUAUCUGCUCCUUGAAGCUCAAGCCUCAAAAGGAUGGGCUCCAGGCUCAUCGCGACCUUGCACUGGAAAAGUGGGGACGCAUGAUGCCGGUGCUUGCCCAGUUCUUCCCUGUUAGACAGUCAUCCUGCUCAGCUGAUGCUUGACACGUUGGCUGCCGACGGGGGCAGAGCAUGCAGGAAGCCCAACUGUCAGCCGCACGGCAGAGAAGCUUCACUGAGGACAGCAGAAGUCAGAUCAUAUAAGAUCGACCCGAAUGAAGAAAAUGAGACCCGGGUACCAGAAAGCCAGGAACCACAGCGAUGCCACUCAGCUCUAUCCUGAGGUUCUCGCUGAUCCUGCUGCUGUUAUGGGCUCCUUCAGGCCGAGCGGUAGUUGGGCCCACUGUCAGCUGUUGUUUGAAAACCAGUAAAACCAGAGUCACCAUGGAGAAGCUGAAGACGUACUACAAACAAACCGACAUGUGUCCGGUGAAGGCAGUUCGAUUUACUACUGUAAAGGGCAUUACUAUCUGCUCAGAUCCAUCUGAUGAGUGGGCAGUUAAAGCCAUGAAGCAUCUGGACGCCAAGAAAAAGCCACAUCCGAAAAAUACCCAUGCAACCAAACUGCCACGUCCGUCAGAAAAACCAUCGACAGAAAUGCCACACACAUCUUCCAUUAAGGACCCCUCUUCAAUGGAAGCAUCGCACACAACAAACAAACAGAAAUACCUGGAAAGACUGAACCAAACAGAGCAGACAGAAGCACCCACUACCAUAAUGCACCUCUCCUUGAUGGAAAUGUAUCAGUCAACAAAGGAAAAGCCAGAGCCAAUGACAUCUGCUGAAAAACAUCUCUCUUCUCAGCCAACGACAGAGGAAUCGGGUCCCACUGUAGAACAGCCAGACCCAACAACAGGAGAAAACGCUUCGACAGAAAAGCCUCACCCAGCUAUAAACGUGCCGAACUCGACAACAGAACAGUUACACCCAAGAACAGAAGAAAACGCUUCGACAGAAAAGCCUCACCCAGUUACAAACGUACCAAACUCGACAACAGGACAGUCACACCCAAUGACAGAAAAAACAGACCCGGCAACAAAGCAACUGUCCUCAACAAAUGAAGAACCAGACCCCUCAGCACAACAAUCACACCCAACAACAGAAGACAGAGAGUCUACUGAAGUACACUUUCACCAAACAACUGAAGAACCGGGCUCCACAGCAGAAGAAUUACCCCAAAAAACAGAAGAACCAGAUCAUAUAGCAGAACUGUUAUACCCACCAACAGAAGAAUCAGGCCCCACAUCAGAAAAAUUCCAACCAACAACUGAAGAUCCAGAUCCCAUAGCAGAACAGUUACAUCUAACAAUGGAACCAAACCCUACAGAAGAACAGCCAGAUCCAACAGCAAAAGAAUCAGGCCCCACAGCAGAACCGGCACACCUAACAACAGAAGAACCAAACUCUACAGCAAUACAGUUAUAUCCAAGAAAUGCAGAAGCAGACCCCACAGCAGAACAGUUACACUCAAAACACUCUUCCCAACGGAAACGCCGCACCUUACAACAAAAAUGCCACAGCGAACGAAAGAUGAAAAGACACGCCCCUUCCCAUAGGAUGUGCCGCACCUCUCAACAAAAAUGCCACAACGAACGAAAGAUGAAAAGACACGCCCCUUCCCAUAGGAUGUGCCGCACCUCUCAACAAAAAUGCCACAACGAACGAAAGAUGAAAAGACACGCCCCUUCCCAUAGGAUGUGCCGCACCUCUCAACAAAAAUGCCACAACGAACGAAAGAUGAAACGACACGCCCCUUCCCAUAGGAUGUGCCGCACCUCUCAACAAAAAUGCCACACCGAACGAAAGAUGAAAAGACACGCCCCUUCCCAUAGGAUGUGCCGCACCUCUCAACGAAAAUGCCACACCGAACGAAAGAUGAAAAUACACGCCUCUCCCAAUAGGAUGUGCCGCACCCCUCAACGAAAAUGUCAAACCGAACGAAAGACAAAAGGCACGCCUCUUCCCAAUGAAAAUCCUGCAAACAGAAACAGAAAAAACUUGAUCCCAUUGGCAGCAAUCAGACCGAAUCCCUCAAUAAAACUGCAAAACCGAAAGAUGAAAAAUUACCACUAAGUGUAGUUUUUCUCCAGAGAAAGCACCCAGGUCAUUUCCUGACCUUCUCAGAAUUUCAUGUGCAACUUAGAACUUCAGACUGCUUUAAUUACUUACUUUGCUUAUUCCAGAUGAGAUUUAACUUUACGUAUUUCAUAAAGUAAGCUCAUGGCAUGUUGCUUUGAACAAAAGUGUAUGCUAAAUAAAUGAAUGUAAACAAAUGUAAACAAGCACAGCAAAAUACCAAAUAUGCUUUUGUGGGCUUUUGUUUAUCAAUUUUUUGUCUGCUAAUGAAUGAAAAUAGAUAGCAAUGGUACUUGUAUGAUAUUAAUAGUACUAAAUUCCAAUUCAGUAAUUUAUACAGUAAAAUAGAACAAAGUGAUGCUCCAUUCAACUUGACACCUCAAUGAAGUCGAAAAACAUGAAUCAGA